AUGUGUCAGGGCUUGGUUCCGGACACUGAGCUUAUUGCUGAUUGUAGUCGUGGAGCUAUCAAGGCUAUCAACCAGGAUAUUGAGCCACCUAACGUUGAGACUCAAAUUCCGCAACAACGUGCCUCGAAGCAAGACGUAGUCGGACAAGAUCUUUUGGAUGCUAUCAAUAAUCUUACAACCAAUCAUUAA